UAAUAUUAUCACAAAGUUUUAUUGAAUAUUUAAAUGAAAAUAUAGACGAGGCAAUUUUCUUAACGAUUUUGAGGCUGUGUUAUUUUAUUAAAAAACUUCGUAUGCACGUCAUUUGCAGUCUUAUAAGCGUAAACAACACGAAGUACUUCGUGGUAAACAACAUGAUCUGCAAUUCUUAAACAAAGACAAUGUCUUACUAUCUUUAGUAUGUACUGAACUGAUAAUUUUGCAAAGCCUCUGUCGCAACUUUGAAUAAGUCUUAAAAACAUUAAAGAGUUAUUCGUUUUAUCAAAUGGAUCGAUUCUAAACACCAGAUUGAAGACCUAGGUAAAUCAAGAACCUUAGAAAAAUAAAAUAUCAAAUUCCUAAAUCCAAACCUCAAUAGCCAAAAAAAUGUUCUUAUCCAGACCUUUUAUCCGCAACCUUCCAAACUCAAGAAGCUACAGCGAUUUCGUAAAAGUAGUCGAAGUUGGACCUCGAGAUGGAUUACAAAACGAGAAAAAAAUAAUUCCCACACCCGUGAAAGUAGAUUUCAUCAACAGACUCUCAGAAACAGGACUUCAAGUAAUCGAAGCAACAAGCUUCGUAUCUCCCAAAUGGGUUCCUCAAAUGUACGAUAGCGCAGAAGUAUUUAAGCAAAUAAAAAAAGUAAAAGGCGUCAAUUAUCCAGUUCUCAUCCCCAAUGCGAAAGGUUUGGAAAAGGCAAUAGAAGUAGGCGCCAAGGAAAUAGCAAUCUUCAGUUCUCCGUCUGAAAGCUUUUCUAAAAAAAAUACCAACUGCACCCUGAGUGAAAAUAUGGAAAGGAUGAAGGAAAUCAUCUGCCUUGCUAAAAAGAGUGACCUGACAAUUAGGGGAUACAUCUCUUGUAUCAUUGGUUGUCCCUACGAAGGAUCGAUGAAACCUGCAGUCGUUGCAGCUUUAGCUUCUGCUUUAUUAGAUCUAGGUUGCUACGAAGUUUCUCUAGGCGACACGAUUGGGGUUGGGACUCCAAAGAAAGUAAAAUCUCUUCUCAGCGAAAUGAGGGAAGUUGAUGAUUUGAGUAAAUUUGCUCUUCAUUUCCACGACACUUAUGGCCAGGCGAUAGGAAAUACUUACACAGGACUUGAUGAGGGAAUAAGAAUCUUCGAUUCUUCAGUUUCUGGACUAGGAGGUUGUCCAUAUGCUGCGGGUGCAACCGGAAAUGUUGCUACUGAAGAUUUACUAUAUUUCCUGCACGAACAAGGCCUUCAAACUGGCGUCGACUUGAACAAAAUGGUCCAAGUGGGCCAUUUUAUUAGCAAUCAACUGGAGAAAAAAAACCAAUCCAAAGUUGGAAAUGCUUUGCUUACUAAGGAAACUUUGAAAAAGGUUUGCGUUUAAAAUCUAGCUGGAGGAGAAAGAAAGUAUGGGGACCAAGUUAACCAUUUUGCUCAUAUGGAUAAUCAGGCCUCACAGACCGAUCCUUGUAUCCCCUAUUUUGCCAUAUAUUUAGCUCAGGUCCCUAAUGUACUCUAUUUUCAGGCUGGUUACUAUUUUUUAAAAAUUUUACUCCCGAAUUUCUCCCGGUUCUCCCGGUAAAUAUUCGUGAUUUCUCCCGGAUUAUAAAAAAAUCAACUUUCUUUGCAAAAGACACCCUUUUUCUCAUAUAUUAUCAAUUGCGGAAGUGGAUAAAUGCGAUAAAAACUUUUUACAGGAAAUUGAUUGACCUUAAAUCAUAUAAGAACAGGGUGGCCAUCCAAUCGGGAGAAUUGGGAGAAAAUUGCACCGGAUAAAGUCGAGUGAUUUCCAGUAUUUCACAAUUUGCGCAUUUUGUAAUUCUUAAAUUGUUUCCAACUAGAAAGUAUUAAUUUUCAAAUUGUUUAGAAUAAUUAAAAUUUAAAAGCUUACAAUAUUUCUCACAGUAUUUAAAAUUCUGCAAUUUUGAAUGGAGAAAAUGGCAA